CCCAGGUCACGUGACCCUUAAUCGCGGCACCGUGUGGGUCACGUUACCAAAAAGAACAUAAAAUCAACUGCCACUAAAAAUAUAAAGAUGUCUAAUCAUCGAAAGCGUCGGGCAGCAGCGCUUGCCUCAGGCAUAGACUUGCUGAUGGAGUGUGUAGAUGAGGAACUCACUCCUGCCCAGAAGAAAGCAUGCAGACAGGCAGAAGAAGAGUAUCAGAAUGCCAUGAAAGAAAUCAAAGCAGCCCAGGCCAAUCAGUCCAUAGUCUCUGAGCUUCCAGCACCAGCCACUCUCAACGGAACAGCGGGAAGUAAAAAAUCAAAUCAACAAAAUGUUCCCAGUGACCCAGAUAUCAUUGUGUUGGAUGAUACCCCUCCAAGAAACCUGAGAACCAGAUCCUCUAGCCAAACAUCAGCCAAGCAAAAUGCAGCAAAGCAAACAACAAAGUCCCCGGCAACUCCAGUGCAGCAGCCCCUACAAUUAGCACAGUCAAAUUUGAAGUCAAUUCUUAAUACUGCCAAAACUGUCCAGCCCAUGAUAAUAAGAGGGAGUCCUGUAAAUGCAUCUCAGCCAGGGACGUAUAUUAUAUCCGGCGCCAACCUAAGUCAGCUGGGUGUGGCGCCAGGGCAAACAAUUCAGCUGGUGUACAGUCAGGCUAGUGGAGGUUCACACGGAGCUGGGCAACCAAUAUAUACUAAGACUCGCCAGUGCUGCUGUGUAGUGUAUUGCAAGAGCAUUGGUUUUGGUCCAACAGAGGAUGGUAGAAAGAUUACAUAUCACAAAUUUCCAAAGGACAAAGCACUUCGCAAACAGUGGUUAGCCAAUAUUAAAAGAGAGGAGGGAGAAUCAUUCCAGAUCAAAGCCUACACCAAGGUUUGCUCCUUGCACUUUAAAGAAGAGGACUUUGAGUAUGUAGUAUAUUGUGGAAGGCGCUACCUACUGCCUGGGUCAGUGCCAACUAUCUUUGAUUGCUGGAAGGACAUUACACACUCUAUACCACCUAGGAAACCCCGUACCAAAAAGGAGGCACUGCAAUUCCAGGAGGUGUCACAAAUACAGAGCACCCCACCCUCACAAACCAAGGCAUCUCCAAGGACAAGUGAAGUACUGAAUCGACUGCAGUCACCACCAGUUGUGUCAUCCCAGCAGAUAGUUGCAGGAACAUUUGGGUUGGGGAUCAAACAUCCCGCCGGCUAUGAUGACAAGAAGGAACUAGUUUCAAGAGGAAGACCACGUGAAAAGGACUCUAAAGGUAACUGGGUGCCAUUAGAUGAGUAUUAUUAUAGUAAAAAGGAGGGAGAUCCAUCAUACAGAGAGGAGAAAGGAGAAUUCAGGUUUAAGUGUUGGUACUGUCAUAAAAUGUUGUACAACAACGUGAAGAUGAUGAUUCACCUUAAGGGUCACAUAGACUCUGAGAAGCAACAAAACUUGGACCUGGCAGACCUGACACAAUGCAAACAUUGCUACAAACAGUUUGACACACCCUUUGACCUCCAGUGUCACAUUGAAAAAGUUCAUCAGAGCAACACAAGUGUACUAGUGUGCAGGAUUUGUGAGAAGGACCAUGACAGUCAAGGUGCGCUGACAAACCAUAUGCGCUCACAUCACGUCGCAUGUGAAAUGCCAUAUAUUUGCCAGUUGUGCAAUUUCCGUUCCUCCAUUUUCAAUGAUGUUGUUGAUCAUUUUAAAAAGCGCCAUGACAGUUCUGCUAGUGUGAUGUGCCUCUACUGCCUGAAGGUGUUUAAAAUCAGCAUGUCCAAGCAGAAUGGCUGGGGCCUGACACAGAACUUCUACCAGCACUUACAGAAGCAUCAGCUGAGAAACACUGUGAAAAAAUGCAUGUCCUGCAAGCUCACUUUCUUGAACAAGAUGGAUGCCAAGGCACACAAGAUGAGAGAUCAUUUGCCCAAUCACAAAAAUAUCCUUGGCACCAUGAGUGGUAAAUCAUCACAGUCUGCAUCCAGUCGUAACCAAGUGAUGAUCCAGGUGCCCAACCCAGCCUCAGGGGCCAAGGGGGAACGGACACCAAAGUCACUUAAUGCGCCUGCUGUCGCCAAGUCCAGAGAGUUCCGCUCCAUCCGUUUCCGCGACAUUCAGGAUUACAUGAGAUGCUAUGAGUGUCGGGAUUACAUGAAUAGACCUGACCAUUACAAGAAGUAUGUUGAGUGCUCUAUGUGCCGUUUUGCCACCUGCUGCAGUCAGUCGUAUGCUAGUCACAUGAAGGCGUUCCAUUCUGGUGCUACCAACCCUGCCCUGUACAUCAGCAUUAGCGUGGAGAGGAAGAUGGGACGGAGGCUUUACUGUCAGUGUGGAUACUCCAGUACAUAUGGAAAUUCAAUUGCAAAUCAUCUAGUCUUCUGCAGCAAGAGGACUAGUUAUGUACAGAAACCAGAGACCAAGUUCCUCGAAUUGAAUGAUGUAGAUGAGGAGUCAGAUUAUGAGCCCCAUGAAGAUGAAGAGGAGGAGCUGGUAGAUGUGGCUAAAACUAAGAGAAAACCUGAGCCUGCAUCGAUAUUCGAUGCCUUAGGACUGGUUAAGAAACAGCCAUGUCAGCAGAAAGUCAGCAAGCAGAUACAAGAAGAAAUUCAGUUGGUGACUGACAAUAAGGCAGUUCCCUCUACAGAAGAUAUUUGUUCUGAAAUAAUGGAGGAUAUAUUAGAUCAUGUGUUCCCUGCUCAAGCAGCUGCAGAGGAGUUUAUGAGCAGUCUUUUGGAGAAUGUUGACUCUAAUAUCUUCCAGUGUAAAGAUACCAGUCCAGAUGUUGCUGCCCCAGUUGCAAAGUCCACAGACUCUGAGGAAAUUCCUCCUGAACUAACAGGCAAGAAAAAAUGGGAGACUGUGAAAAUUUCUGAUAGAAACACGCCCACCAGAUCUUCUAUUUUUCUUGGUGAAAAUGAAGAUGACAGCAAGGAUUCCUUGGAAGAAGAAACAAAGGAUAAUAUGGCUGCCAAAGAAAAUGAUGAGGGUGUAAAGGUUUCUCAGAAAGAUGAGAAUGAUGUAGCAGACAGCGCCACUAGAGAGCAAGUGGAACCAGACGUGGAAGAAAACAAUACUAAUGACAGUAAAAGCAUGGCAGAAGAAAAUGAAAGUAAAAAAGUUGACAUAGAGAAUGAAAGUAAAGAAUGUACAGUGGAAAUAAAAGCUGAAUCUGAUGCUGAAGAAAACAAUGCAGGUGAAAAUAAAAAAUGUGAAGAAAUCCAUGGAGAAAAUACAAGUAAGCCCCACUCUGAGAAGACAGCUGCUGAUCUUGAUGUCAUAGAUGGAGAACCUGGACUAUUAAAUACUGAGGAAGAUAUGGAGGUGGAUGAUGCAUCCCAGCCACAGGAGUUGGAAGAGAAUGAAGAUGCUGAAAUGAGGUCAAAUCUAGACGUUGACAAUGCACCAGACACCCAGACAGAAAAUACUAAGGCAUUGGAGGAUAUCGACAUGACCCCUGUAGAUGUCGAAAUGGCCUCUGAAAGUAACUCAGUUGACAAAGAAUCGCUGCAGACGUGUGAGAAUAGUGCCAUAGGUGGCACUGCUGACCAAGACAAGCUGACAGGAGAUCUGACAGCAGAUUCUGAAGAGAGAUCAGAGGCUGAAAGAGCUGCCACUGUUGCAGAAAAAGAUGGGAACUUUCCUGAAUCGCAACAGGAAAGUUUUGAUGAAGUUGAUACUGGAACUUCUGGGAGUAUUCCUGAAUCCCAACAACAGAGUUUUGAUGAAGUAGAUGCUGGAACUUCUCAAACAUCUUGUGAAGGUACUACUGUUGAGGAGCAAGACACAAAUAAAAUAACAGGCUCCGAAGAUACAGGUGAUAAAAUGAAUAAAGACAAGGGAACAGUUUCUAUAAAAUUGAAUGCAAAAGAUGAUGCAUCAGAACAAAAUGAUAAUAAAAAUGCAGACAAAUCAAAUCAAAUUUCCAUGGAAGCCAAAGAAGAUCCAUCAGGUUCCAAAGACAGCAGUGGCACUUCAUUAGGCUCUAGUGCCACUAGAACAGAUGUCCCGGACCAGGAAACAACCAAAGACCUUUACAAAAAGGAAGAUGAACAGAGUCCAAAGAAAGACCAGUCUGCUCCUGGACAGGAGGAGAAUGAUCAAGAGUACACAAAUAAAGAUAACUACUGCAAACGAGAGGAAGAGCUAAUCUCCCCAGAGAGAAGGAAGGGUUCCUUACAAAGUGCUGACAGAUACAGAGGGAAUAGUGGGGAUAAGGGCAGUGGAGAUAGAGGUUCCAGUAAAUCUCCUGGGAGAGGACCUGAGCCACACCACUAUAAAGAUCGAUACAGGGACAGGGAUCAUUAUCAUGACAACAGAGACUAUCGUCAUGGCAACAGGAACUAUGGUUACCAUAAUAACCAGGGAGGUUACCAGGGCCAGUACCAUCAGCAAAACAGAGGAGGUGGCUACCGUGGAGGUCAUUAUGGAAAUCGAGGUGGCUAUCAACAGGGUCACCAUGGCAACUAUGACAGAAAUAGAGACUUUUAUGGUGGACACAGGGGAGGUCACAAUAGGCAACAAGGCUGGAGAGAUAACAGAAGAGGCUACUAUUGAGAAAUUAUACAAUGUUGUUUUUUCAACCAGCGGAUGUAAAACAUUUGAUCAUGAUCCAGCAGUGAUUGUGACAAAAAAUUCAUGUUUCUGAGAUAUUUACAUCAUGUGCUUGAGGGAAUUACAGCAGACAUCCGUGUUUUUUUUCUACUCUGGAGACAAAUAGCAGCAAAGUCUAGACCAUGUGAUAAGGUUGUAUAUUUUUUGUGCUAUAAAUGAUGUUCGUUUGGUUUCAGAGUUGAGAGCAUAUUCUGCUUAGUUAAGUAGCAUACAGAGCUUAUUAUGAUAUGCAUACAUAGUUAAUUAUUAAUUGGUGAGUUAGACCUUUUUGUUCUAGCCCCAUUUUAGAAUAAAUAUUCAAAUUUUAGAAAAUUUCAGAGACUGAACUGCAUUUUACAGUUUGUUUCUUUUUACACAAAGGAGGCAGUUGUCCUCUUUUAAUAGACUGGUUCUCAUAAAAACUUAAGAAGUUUGUAAUCUCUUACAAACUGAUUUGUUCUCAAAUUUGGCAUAAUUUUCUUAGGAAACAAAUGUAUAUUGAUAAGUGUAGCUUCAUAUUAUGGAAAGACAAAGUAAAUUUUGCUGUUUUGUACUAUGUUGGUUAACAAAGAAAAUGAAUGGGCGUUCUGAGCAAUGCAAGCUUUGUACACAACCUAGAGUCGAAAUAAAAUAAUUUUUGCAUUCUUGCCAAAUUUUUCAAUUGUUGAAAAGUGAAAAAAUGAGAAUUUUAUCUGUGGUUGGUUGAUAAGUCAUUUAAUCAUACUUAACACAUGGCAGCAAUGGUGAUUACGUACGAGUUGGCUGCAUUAGGAUAUCAUAAUUUGUUUGAUUUGAGAUUCUCGGUUAUAACCAGGAUUUAUGUAUUUUUAUUUCAUUAUUUUUUUCAGUCAGUAUUGUUGAUCAGAUACGGACAAAGCGUAAAGUUUAUUAUGUCAUUUUGCAAUUAUGAUCAAUGUGCUGAAAGUCAUUCACAAUUAUUACUUGGAUUUACUGAGCAAAUUAGAAACUGGACACCAAAGAAGCAGGACAUCAUGGUUAGACAACUACUUUGUCUCUCAAAACAACAAUUUUUCUGUUUCGUCCAAAGAAACUGUCAGUGGCAAUUUAUGUGGUGUAUGUAUAUUUGUCCAGUCAGAAUAUUAUCUGACAUAGAACUUCGAUCUUUAGAGAGAAUUGGCUAUUCUUAAAGUGUUUACUUAGUCAAAAUGCUUUACAUUGCAAUGUUGUGGGCCUUCAAAUUCGUAUGUCAUCAUUCUUGAUUCAGAAAUUUGCCUCUGUAGUUCUUAUAUUAAGUCAAAAUAUAGGACAUCAAUAAAGUUAUGAAAUGUACUUAAA